AUGUUCCUCGCAUGGUUUGUGCUGGAUGCUUGUUUUCGUCAAGACUACGAUGACGCCGACCAUUACAUGAAAAUGCUACAGGACGUUGUUGUUCGCGACACAACUACAUCCGUCGAAGGUCCGGCUUCUUUCGAAAAACCAGCUUCCCGUCGCACCAGUGAAAUUACCAGUUCAAGCACUCUAUCGGCGCCGGUUUUGAUGCCCGAAACUUACGCUGUACCGGCGGACCGGAUUGACGCUGAAUUGUCCAAUCCGCACUCACAAGAUCGUAUACCGAUGGGGACCUUGCCUCAUAUUUGGGGACAAUCCCUCUACAUUCUGGCGAGUAUUAUAUACGAAAACAUACUCUUGCCCGGUGAAAUUGAUCCUUUAGGUCGGCGACUGGUAACAGACAAAUUUCGAUCUCAUUUGAAUCCGUUCAACCUUGGAUUUCUUGGGAAUUGGCGUCGGUUUUAUUGCGCACCGCAGUUUCCUCCCCACCCAGAUGACGUUAACAAGCGGAGGCUUAAGCGCCGGCGAGCGCGUACAUCCUGGUUCAGACAUGGAGGACGUUCCAAAGAACAACACGAUUUACUCCCCAAGUCCGCACUCAAGCCUUUCUUUUCUGGAGCCGAUGCUGACCACUUAACUCAGGUGACUUCGCACGAGAGUGCUGUAUACUCUCAGCCCAAUCGCGUGCAGACUCCUCAUCCGGAACCAGAGCAUACCAUAUUUGGGCGAAUCGAGCCCCGGCGACCAUUAGCAAAUGAAUUUUCUGGCAUCGAUUCAUCUUACCCUUUCGAGUCCAGACAUACCUACCGACCUGUGCAAAACGGAGCUCUUCCUGGUGUUACGAUACCCAGUGUUCACACAGUCACGACUUCUGUUGGCAACACAGUUCCCACUUCGGCUGUGCUUUUUUCACCUUUGAUCGCGUCGCAAUCGGCUGUUUCGAAUGCCACCCGGGGUGCCGGCGAUACCGCUAGCAUUAGUUUAUCCGGUGGCAGCGAAGAUGCCGCGUCAAUGAAGACAUUGGACCACCUUAUCGGUGUGACUAGACACCAUGCCGCCACCACUAACAGCAGCCUCGCAGGAGGCAUUGGUACCGGUGUCGUGGCCGCUGUGGAUGUCAUCCACGAGAAUGGUGAAUAUGCCCACCCUCCCACAUUGCCUGUUCUGGGUCCCACCAGCUCUGGGUAUCACAACUAUCCUAAUUCAACUCGUUUCAACUCCCUUACGAACGGCCACUCAGAGGCAUCACUUGGGCGAGGAGCGGACUCUGUGAGUCAGAGUUUUUAUCAGCAUAACCCACAUCGGUCGCCGUCUUCUGGAGGUGGUGCACACACCCUACCGAUCGAAAGUGGGUCAUACUGCAACUUUCUAGAGGAAAGUACGGUUGGUGUCAGCUUCGCUGCAACUCCCUUCGAUGGAUUCUCCAAUUUUCACAACUCAACUUCCAUUGCGGGUGCAGCCAUCAGUAAUCACUUGCCUGUGACCGGUCCCUCCUCAUCGGACUCGCAUGAUCCGAACGCCAAUCGAACUAACCUUGACAUCACUCAUCCGCGCACCUUCAUGGAUGGACCUUCGCCAUCAAUACCCAGCUCUUUUCAGGGUGUACGCAAUUCGCGUUUAUUGCUAGCCUCUAAUGAUGAUCCAGACACCCUACAGUUGGGUCUGAGCUUUCAGCUACCAGAACGAAUGGCCCCGCAUGCCUCCCAAGAGACUUUGAGUGCCACCGCGUCACUAAUUUCAGUCUUCCACGGACCUCCAUCAACCCCUAACAGCCUUCAGCAGACUUUUCCAGAGCUCGCCUAAGUUUUCUUUCUAUCCUGGUGAUGAACCGAACCCCUGCCACACUGCGCUCCACUGGGACCGUGGUUUCUCCAAGCGCCAGCAGCCUGGUCAUUUAACUUCGGGGGAUUCAUGGUUCAGUUUCCAUCGUAUUAUUCAGCGAGCCGUUCGCUCCUUGGAUGUCAAACUGAUUGUCGCACAAAAACCAGUUGACUACGGAUAUGUGUGCAAAGUUCAUCACGUUUUGUGUUCCUCUUUUAAUCGGAGCCUUAGAUUGAUUGGCCUUCUCUCUGCCAUGCAUCAGGCUCCCUGCCACUUGCUAAUUCCUUCCAUUUGUGGCCCAUGUUUUAUCCAACUAAAUACUUGUACUGAUUUUGAUAGAACCCACUUCAUACGUUUGGCUCAUUUGGCCUUUGCAUUCCACAUACUUUGAUGUGUGCUCGUCCUGUCAUGGGCUUGCGUUGCCCGCCUGCCGCUUCCAGAUCCCUCCCGUCAUUUAUUAUAUCAUGUCCCCUACAAUUCCCCAUAGGCAUAUAUCACCCAUUGUAAAUUAUCACCUUUAUGAAUGAAUGACCUCCGUUUGUUACCUUGAAACCAAUCCCGUUCGCGUACCGUUGCUCCUUUUUCACUUUAAUUUGCCUCAAAAUUUCCAGAGCC